AUGGGUGCCGCCCAGUCGACAACGGGUAACAACAACCCGGCGAGCUCUGGCAACACCAAUAACACCCCAGCCCCCAUCGUGAUCCAGCUACAGCUGGGAGCAGAGCAACUCUCCGCACUCACCGGAGCUGUUGCCCCAGGGGUUCACGUGCAUGUGCCCCCCAGUGGGUCGGAUGCUGCAGCAGGCGGAGCUAGCACGACUCCAGGAGCUGCCCCCCAUGGUGCUCCUCCGGUACCGUUUCCGCCUCCCCCGCCUCCAGCGGAAACUGAGCAGUAUCUCAGGUGGUGCAACCGCUGCAAGCAGCAGAGCUACUUCAGGGAGGGCAUCUGCCUGAACGAAUGGUGCUCCUUGGCUUGGUCGCGGCCAGACGUGGACUUGAACGUGGCGAAGAACUGGGGUGGAAAGAAAGUGGAGGCUUCGGUGCUCAACCACGGAGUGCACAAAGCAAAGAAAAACCGCGGGCAAAAGCGGAAAAUCUGGUGGCAAAAGCACCUGGAAAGAAAGGCCGGCAAGUGGGGCGGCGACUAUCAGGGCGACGAUGAGGAGAAUAAGGAAGAUGCGGAGGAAGGCAAGGCCCCUCCUCCUGUGGAUCCAAACCACCAGCCCCUGGGCAAGAAGGACGGCCCCGACGAUGACCACCACGAUGAUCCGGGCCGCACAGUGGAUUCAGCAGGAUCGGCAGGAUUGCCGUAUAUCUACAUGCCGAACUGCGGGGACGAUGUGGGGCCCGACUUCACGGACUAUGUCGUCGAGGUGGCUGUUGCUGUGGUGUCGUUUGCUGGGAAAAUGAAUGGCCGCAGCUUGGGUGCUGUUGUUGCCUACAAGCAUGCAUAUGUUCUGCCGUCACUCAUGGGAAAGCCAGCUGCCAAGAAGGCCAUGGCCAAGGCGAAGAACGGUCCCAAGGCAGCACCCAAAGCCACUGCCAAGGAGCUCAAGAAGCAGGAGAUGGAGAAGGCUGCUAAGAAAAAAGAUCAAAGCAACUUGGUCACUACCCUCAAGAAUGCCAAGACCAAGCUCCAGGGAGUGCAGAACGGCACGAUUCAGGUCAGCGACGGCGAGCUGGAAAACCUCAAGAACAAGGCCGAAUUUUUCGAUCGCUAUGUGAGCUUGGAUCGCAAUGAUCCAGAAAAGGCGCAAAUGUUGGCUGCCUUCUUGGCAGACAAGACAUGCAACAACUACAUGCAGAAGAUUCGGGAGAUCUCCACCGAAACGAAAACCGAGGAUGAAAAGGCUUCGGGAUUUGUGACACAAUGGGAGAUUGCCGCCAAAGAGAACCUUCCGGUCGACAGCCCGCUCUUGCAGAAGUUGUUGGACGGUCUCAAGUUCGACUACGAUUGGAACGAAGCGGUGCCCAGAGAAAAGGUUUUCAAGGAGGCCGGUGAAAAGCGAUUCUUCUAUGAGAAGAAUGCCAUGACAACCGAGAAGACCUCCUUCAGCUCCAAGUCCGGUAUCACCGCAGCAGGAGAUCUCGGCAAGAAGAAGGCGGACUCCUUCUUGAACGACAAGGACACAAGCACCGCCGACCCCGCCGCCAAGGUGAAGAUCGAGUUCCCCUUGCAUGUGGAGUUGGUCUCGAGCGUGAAAGUGCUGAAGAGCGGCAAGCAGAAGAUCCAGAAGGAGCUCAACACAGGCAAGGACUUGUGCCAGAAGCUUGCCACCGGCGGCGGCUACGACACGACCGAUCUGGCCAAUGCGAUUGACACCUUCGACAACUACCUCGCUACCCUGAGGCAGCGGAUCGCAACUGCCGAGGAGGUCCAACCUCCUGAUGUUACCAAGGAAGUGGUGGCUGAGCUAAAGGCAGAAAUCGAUAUCGCCGACACACAUCUGGAUGCCUUUAAGAGGGCCAUGACUAAGGAGUCUGAGCUUCAAAGGCAUGCUCGGGCUGCAGCUGACAUGGGGAUCGAUCGUGAAAGCCUCACCGGGCUCGGGAUUUGGGGCGAUGGUGUUCCCAUGACCCGAAACAGAAACCAGAGCUUGGAGAUGCUCAGCUUCAACAUCCUCACAUGUCAGCUUCGCAGCACAAUGCGAAUUCCAGUUUUCGUCAUUCAGAAACAUUGGCUAGCCCGUGGGGGAUCUACAUGGGAUGCUGUCAUGGAUGUGCUUCGGUGGUCUUUGACAUGUGCAACUUCUGGUCAAAUGCCAAAGUACGAUCACACAGGUCUGCAGCCGCUUAAGGAACCAUGGAGAAAACAAAGGGCAUUGAUCCAUACGCCUCGAAGUGUUUUGCUGGAAAUACGAGGCGACUGGGCUUUUUUCAAGCAGGUGCUGAACGAAGCCUCUGGUUGUUGUUGGAUGUGCGACAUUAAGCCUGAAGAUAUCCGAGAGGUUUCAGGUGAAGCUGCUUGGAUGCAGCCAGAGCACAGGAAGACUCCGUGGCAGGCACUCAUGGCUGCUCCUAGCAUCAGUCCCAUUUUCGCAACACCGUAUGUUGGAACUGAGUGCAUCCAAAUGGAUUGGUUGCAUGUGGUGGACAUAGGAAUUGCUUUGCAGUUCCUGGGAUCCAUAAUGAAGUACUUCUGCUCGAAGUUUGAAGGGACGUUUGACGAGCAGGUUCGAGAAAUGUUCCGCUGCAUUUUGGAGUUCUAUGAUGUCCAGGCCGUGGAAUAUAGGUUGGAUCAUCUAAAGCCUUCAAUGAUCAAGGAUCCUAAGAAGAAGUUCCCCAAGCUUAGAGCAAAAGCUGGGGAAUCGCGAUGCCUGGUGCCUUGGGCUGCACAGAUGGCUGAUGCUCUUAGGGAUGCUGACAAUGAGGUGGAACAGACCAUGUACAAGUGUGCCUGGCAUUUCAACAAAUGCUAUGAGCAACUGAGUAGCAGAACGUUCGAUGCUGCUGUUUUGGCCGAGCAUGGAGUUGCAUUCGCAAAUCUCUAUGUCGCUCUGCAUGAGCACUUCACGGUGCAAGGAGUCUGCCUCUUCAAGGUGACUCCUAAACUGCAUCUCUUUUGCGAAAUCAGCUAUCGAGGCCGGGAUUGCCCCAGUGUGCACUGGUCAUACCGAGAUGAGGAUUGGGGCGGGAAGAUGGCUAUUCUUGCAGCCAGCAAAGGAGGAGCCAACACCCCGAAUGCCUUGGCCAAUGCUUUCUUUUCUCGUUUCACCUCGGGGCAUAAAGUGCCUGUGCUUUGA